AUGUUCCGCCUUUCAUUGACCAACCGAACUGGGCUAAAGGCCUCAAAAGCUUCCAUUCCAUUUUUUCGAUCUCACCAUUCCGUUGCACGGCUACAUGCAUCCCAAUUAGAAUGCUCGGAUGAACAAAGCCAUAUCGAAUCCAUCCACAAACAUCUGGAAACUACCGGGGUUUUGAAAAUCGAUCUGGGCUUCGAGGACAGCGAUAGUCGAUACAUGCAGCAGGUUAUUCUAAACCUACACAAGUUCCAUGGACAUGGGCUUCCGAUCACUCAUUCUGCGUCUCGAGGUUGGUUCUGGGAUGUUCGGCCUCUCGCCAGAGCGCAGCCUACUAUAACAAAGCCUGCGCGCUCUGAAACUGCACAGGAUUUCCCAUGGCACACAGACUGCAGCUAUGAACACUAUCCGCCUCGAUUUUUUGCUUUGCAAGUUCUUCAGCCGGAUCGAUGCGGUGGAGGGACACUUUCCAUUCUAAAUGUCGACCGGCUUAUACAAUUGCUACCCAUGGCCACACGGAUAUCUCUAUCCAAAGCUGAUUAUCGAAUCACCGUACCAGCGGAAUUUAUCAAGAGCGAUGAACGAUAUAUUACUGGGAGUAUUCUCGGCCAAGCGCUAGACAGUGGCUCAUCCGAGUUAAGGUUCCGCGAGGAAAUCUUGACCCCCUUAAGCAGUAGCGCAAGGCUGGCGAUUGAAGAGCUUGGUAAAACACUCCACAGCCGGCAGGCAAGAGAAGCAACAGUUGAUCUGACCCCGGAAUUGCUUCCUCGGGGGUCGAUUAUUCUCAUCAAUAACAGAAAAUGGCUUCAUGCCAGGAGCGAGGUGAAAGAUCCGCAACGUCAUCUACGCCGAGUACGUUGGGACGCCCGGCCCUUCGUGGCUGGAGAUACUUUACCGUUCGAACACGUCGACAAUCUGGUAAACAGCCAUCUGUAG